UUCGUUCCGCCGGUUCCGCGUCUCAUCGUCCCGCCUGUCCCGGUCGUCCGUCCGUCUGUGUCGUCGUUCGUCGUGAUUUCCAUGAUUUCCAUUACCGGUCACUGAGGUUCACCUUGUUGAGAUCCACAUGGUCGUGAGCAUUGUAAGCAAUUUUCGUCAGGAGUGCGCAGUGAAGCCGCAUUGCAGCGGAGCGCAGGGCAACGACAUUUAGAAUAUGAACAAUUGGAAUAAUUGAUAUUCAAGGCAAAGAAGCGACAAGAUAUAUUUUCCUUCAAAAAACUUUCGAAAAAGCUUUAUAAGGUUCUAGAAAAAAAGGCGGUAAGAAGGGUAAAGCGCAACACUACCUGAGAACGAUAUAUAAUCGUUAAGGAAAAGAAGAGGGAACGAGAAAAACCUGAUUAACAAUGAGUAGUACGACAGAGGAAAUAUCGCCGAAAGCGUAUCCACUGGCGGAACCAUCCUUGACCAUAAAGAUACUGAAUUUGGUGCAACAAGCACUCAGCUAUGGACAGUUGAAAAAGGGGGCGAAUGAGGCGACAAAGUCCCUGAAUCGCGGCCAAUCUGAGUUUAUAGUGAUGGCAGCGGACACUCAACCGCUGGAGAUUCUACUACACUUGCCAUUAUUAUGCGAAGACAAGAACGUACCUUAUGUUUUCGUGCGAAGCAAACAGGCUCUUGGACGAGCCUGCGGAGUCUCUAGGCCGGUCGUGGCUUGUUCGGUAUUGAUUAACAACGGCUCGCAAUUAAAACCACAGAUUAGAGCCAUCCAGCAAGAGAUCGAGAGACUUUUAAUCUAAAUGAAAUCUAUAUAUUUGUUACUUUUACAUACCACUAUUAGUAUCACGUGAUCUAGUGGGUUGUCGGAAAAGUUAUUACGCAUUUUUACAUUUAUAUAUAAUAUAUGUGUGUAUGUGUGUGUAAAAAUGCGUAAUAACUUUGCCAAUAACCUAAUAAAUCUUUAUUGCUGUAAAUGAUUGGUAUAAAUGAAACACAGUUUCACCGUGCUAUUUAUAAAAGAAAAAUGGAUAUUUGACUUAAUUUUUUUAUGUAUAAAAUUUUUGUAUACAAAACAAAUUUUAAGCAUUAUAAUAAAAAGUUCAACA